GCUGGUUGUUGUAUUUCUCAACUCUUCUUUUCUUAUAAACUCAUCUGUUUCUUGUUUUCUGUCUAUUAGCAAUUGUAAUUAUUAUUACUUUAUCAUAGUGUUCAAUCGCGUUCUAUUCAUUCAUCAAUUCUUUCGUAAAAUGUCUUCUUCAGAAAUUGACAAUUUGGCAAUCAGCACCAUCAGAUUAUUAUCUGUUGAUCAAGUUGCUAAAGCCAAUUCUGGCCACCCUGGUGCUCCCUUAGGCCUAGCUCCUGUUUCUCAUUUUCUAUGGAAGCAGAUGAAUUUUAACUCCAAAAACCCAAAAUGGUUAAAUAGAGACAGAUUUAUUUUAUCAAAUGGUCAUUCUGUUGCGUUACUUUAUUCAUUAUUACACUUAUUUGGUUAUCCUUUAACUUUAGAUGAUUUAUCCAACUUCAGACAAUUAGGCUCAAAAACACCUGGCCAUCCAGAAAGCGAGACCCCAGGUAUUGAUGUCACUACUGGUCCUCUUGGUCAAGGUAUUGCCAAUGCUGUUGGUUUAGCAAUUGCUCAACAAUACGUUGCUGCCACCUUUAAUGAAGAGAAUUUCACCAUCUCUGAUAACUAUACCUAUGCUUUUUUAGGUGAUGGUUGUCUUAUGGAAGGUGUUUCUUCUGAAGCCAUGUCUCUUGCUGGUCAUCUUAAAUUAUCAAAAUUAAUUGCUAUUUAUGACGAUAAUCAUAUUUCCAUUGAUGGUUCUACUGAUGUUGCUUUCACUGAGGACGUCACUAAAAGAUUGGAGUCUUACGGAUGGAAUGUUAUAUGGGUGAAAGAUGGUAAUAAUGAUUUUUCUGCUAUUCAAUCUGCAAUUGAAGAAGCAAAGAGUUCCAUUGAUAAACCAACACUCAUAAAGCUAACAACGAAAAUUGGUUUUGGCUCCUUGAAUGAAGGAACCGCCGGCGUCCAUGGUUCUCCCUUGAAACCAGAUGAUAUUAAGCAAUUGAAAACAAAAUUUGGCUUUGACCCAACAAAAACAUUCCAAGUUCCCCAAGAAGUUUAUGGUUUUUACAAAAACACUACUUUAAAAAAGGGUGAACUUGCUAAUGAAAAUUGGGAUAAAUUAGUUGAUGAUUACCAAGAAGCUUAUCCCGAAAAAGGACAAUUAUUAAAAAGAUUAAUUUCCGAACAAUUGCCAGAGAAUUGGAAAUCGUUCUUACCUACCUAUAAACCUGGUGAUAAAUCUUUAGCUUCAAGAAAAUUAUCUGAAAUUGUUUUGCAAAAUAUUCACCAGGUUUUACCAGAAUUAAUUGGUGGUUCUGCUGAUUUAACUGGCUCAAAUUUAACAAGAUGGACAAACGCUGUUGAUUUUCAACCUCCCUCCACUGGCUUGGGUGAUUAUUCUGGUAGAUAUAUUCGUUACGGUGUUAGAGAACAUGCUAUGGGUGCAAUUAUGAAUGGCAUUGCUGCUUAUGGUUAUAACUUGAAGCCAUAUGGUGGAACUUUCUUGAAUUUUGUUUCCUAUGCUGCUGGUGCUUUGAGAUUGUCUGCCUUAUCUGGUCACCCUGUUAUUUGGGUUGCAACCCAUGAUUCUAUUGGUCUUGGUGAAGAUGGCCCAACUCAUCAACCUAUUGAAACUUUGGCUCACUUCAGAGCUAUUCCAAACUUGAUGGUUUGGAGACCUGCUGACGGUAAUGAAACCUCUGCUGCAUAUUUGAAAGCAAUUUCAACUAACAAGACUCCAUCUGUUAUUGCUCUUACCAGACAAAAUAUUCCUCAAUUGGAAGGCUCUUCAAUUGAGAAAGCUCUCAAAGGUGGUUACACUUUAGUUAAAACUGAAUAUCCAGAUAUUAUUUUAGUUUCCACCGGCUCCGAAGUUUCCUUAUGUGUCGAAGCAGCCAAACAUUUGAAAGAAGAAAAGAAUAUUAAUGCUAAUGUGGUUUCAUUACCUGACUUUUAUUCUUUCGAUGAACAAUCCGAUGAAUACAAAUUAUCCGUUUUUCCAAAUGGUGUUCCAAUUUUGUCAGUUGAAGUUUUAAGCACUGUUGGCUGGUCCAAAUACUCUCAUGCACAAUUUGGUAUUGACAGAUUUGGAGCUUCUGGUCCAGCAGAUGAACUUUAUGAGUACUUUGGCUUUACAAUUGAAGGUGUUAGUGAAAAGGCAACUAAAGUUGUUGACUACUAUAAAGGUAAAGAAAUUAUUUCACCUUUAAAUAAACCAUUUUAAAUGCUAUUGUAACUUUUUUAUAGUUUUAUCUUUUUCCACUUCAGGUUAAACUUUUAGAUCUACGUUCGCCUAAUGAUAUUUUUGCAGAUGUUUUUAUUUUGCUUCUAUUUUAGUUUAAUGAAAAUUCCAUUAUUGCAAUUGUUAAAACCAACUCAUUAUCCCUCGUUACUUCGCAAGUAUUAGUCUUUCUCCUGCUAAAAAACAAUCACCAGAUAACUAUCAAAUAAAUUCUAUGAUGUAAUUCAGAAGAACAAAACAUUGUGUAGAAGAAAAGACCUUGUAUUCCUCAAACUUUAUGAAUAGUUCAAUAAAUGCAAAAAGCAAAUUAAA